GUUCUCACCGUUCCGUUGCAAUCCGGAAACGGUCACAUCGAGGGCAGUCUUUCCCUUCGUAUAUCGUGUCGUCGUCUCUUUUGUGAACAAAAAAUACGAAGAAAAUCGCCCAAAUCGAGUUGAUUCGAUUGGCAAUUGUGUGGAUAUAAACGAGUGAAUACGCGGUUGGCAAUCGAACGCAACGAUAGUUGCUAAUUUUCCUGCACCCCUGAGUUACAAUAAAAGCCGUCAAAAUUGAAUCGACAAAGAUUGACGAGACUUUUUCUUCCACCACAACUGCGAUGGAGGAUAAAGCAACAACAAAAGAUCUUGAUCAAUGGAUUGAGCAGUUGAACGAAUGCAAUCAGUUGACAGAGACACAAGUUCGCACCCUCUGCGACAAGGCCAAGGAGAUUCUCUCCAAGGAGUCCAAUGUGCAGGAGGUAAAAUGCCCGGUGACAGUGUGCGGAGAUGUCCACGGUCAGUUUCACGACCUGAUGGAGCUGUUCCGGAUAGGCGGCAAGUCCCCGGACACCAACUACCUGUUCAUGGGCGACUACGUGGACCGUGGAUACUACUCCGUGGAGACCGUCACUCUUCUGGUGGCCCUGAAGGUUCGCUAUCGCGAGCGCAUCACCAUCCUGCGCGGUAACCACGAGUCGCGCCAGAUCACACAGGUGUACGGCUUCUACGAUGAGUGCCUGCGCAAGUACGGCAAUGCCAACGUUUGGAAGUACUUCACGGAUCUGUUCGACUACUUGCCACUGACGGCACUCGUCGACGGGCAGAUCUUCUGCCUGCACGGCGGCCUCAGUCCCUCGAUCGACAGUCUGGAUCACAUUCGGGCCCUCGACCGCUUGCAGGAGGUUCCGCACGAGGGUCCCAUGUGCGAUCUGCUCUGGUCCGAUCCCGAUGACAGGGGUGGCUGGGGAAUCUCGCCUCGUGGCGCCGGUUACACAUUUGGCCAGGACAUUUCGGAAACCUUUAACAACACAAACGGCCUGACACUGGUGUCGCGCGCCCAUCAGCUGGUGAUGGAGGGCUACAACUGGUGUCACGAUCGCAAUGUGGUCACAAUAUUCUCAGCGCCAAACUAUUGCUACCGCUGUGGCAACCAAGCGGCUCUUAUGGAACUGGAUGAUUCACUUAAAUUUUCAUUCCUACAAUUUGAUCCAGCACCCAGGCGCGGGGAGCCUCAUGUUACGCGAAGAACACCCGAUUAUUUCCUUUAAGCUGGAUUGCUCGCACCUACGCAGCUUACAUUUACACAUAUUACAUCGCAUUAUAACAACAAGAAGAACCGAAACAAUAUAUAAUAUAUACAAAUCCAACCAGCAGCAACAAAAUAAACAAAAUGGCAAGUGCUGUCGAAAAAAAACCAACCAUAAAAAACAACCCAAAACUAAAAACCUCGAUGCAUUUGUUUUGUGGAGAUCGUUUUAAACAGAGCGCAGUGGAAGAUAUUGUAUAAACAAAGAAAAGAAAAUAACCAUAACAGUCGAGAACACAAAAAUGCAUUGAACAGUUAUUGUUGUUGGCCACAGUUUAAAAGAAAAGAAAAAAGAAACCGGAAAUGUCGCCAGCGGGGGCGGCAGGCAGAAAAUUUAUAUCAAAGAUAAAGGGGAGGAGCAGAAGGAGAAGCAGUAUACAGAAAUGAUACAAUCCAAUCGAACCUACCAACCAACCCAGAAACCAAGCAGCAACCGCAAGCAACAAGAAGAACUACAACUACUUAGCUAAAUUUGUUAAUUUAUAAAAAUAACGAACUAAGCGUCGCAGCAGAAAGCCAGGGAGCAGGAGUGAUGGAUGGAUGGACUCAUGGAUUAUGACGUGAUGUGUGUGUGGGCGGAAGGGGCUGACGAAGGACUAAACGGGACGAAAGGACGAACGCCAGGACGUAGCAGCAUAAGCAGCAGCAGCGGUAGCAGCAGCGGAAGCAGACGACCCACGACCGACAAAGCAGGAGGAUAACGAUGAAGCAGCAGCA